UGAAAGCCAGGCUCGCCACAUUUCUUAACGAAUUACAGGGUGCUGGAUGCCCCCUGUCUCGGAAGAUCCUUUCCGAGAUCAGAUUCUUGGGAUCCUGAAAUCUGCCGCCGAGGAUCCGUCGGAUCCGUCCCACCGAGUUUGGGUGGAGGAGCUGCUGGCAGCACUGCAGGCGGCUGAGCAGGGCGAGGCCGUUUCCCAGGAGUCGCAGGAGACAUCAAGGCUCUUUUUCCUGGCCUGUGGCCUUGAAGAAGCCACGGACAAACCUUCGUUUAGGCUUCCCGAAUAUGGAGAAGUGCGAUCUGCCAAGCAGGUGGUCUCCAAAUACCUUGCAAGCCUGGCCACAGAGCACAAGGAGGAUCACAAGGCGGAGCUAGGCCCAGCCAAACCAGAAAGUGCAGCAGAAGAGCCCGCUGUUGAGCUGAGUGACGUGGCACUGGCAGAGAUGCUCUCACGAGCAUGGCAGGAUGAAGCGCAGAAUGCUCGGCCGAGAGUGGGACAGCAGCUAAGAGCAGAGAAGCUCAUUGAAUUGGGAGCUGCUUUUGAGCGCCAGCCAGAUGGUAGCGACACUUGCGCCAUUCAUGGCCUGAAUAACUUGCUGCAGCCGAAGCGCAGCUCAAAGGAAGCUGCCCUAAAGUUUCAAGAAGCCAUGGACGCCGCUUUGAAGGACGAGCAGAACCCUGAGGAGCGGUCCACAGCUGGCCUGGUGGGGCCCUUCUCCUUGGCCACGUUGCAGGCCGCAGACGCCGAGUCCCGCGCUGAGGAGAUGGCAUGCCGUGGCUUUGUGCCACCUCGUGCAGCUCAGCUUUCACUGCUUCGUCAAGACAGCGGCUUUCAUAGCAGCCGCGGAUUGCAGCGCACCGGGAUGUUCGAUGUAGAGGCCAUCAAGAUCGCAGCAAGAUUAAAGGGCUUCGAGGUCGUUGAUGUCGAGCCAAAGCCUUCGUGGCACGAGUCAGACGUCUCCAAAUUCGCGGCAUUGGGUGCCAACUCUGACUGGUUCCGCGGGUUCCUGGUGUACGAACGCAUGCCUGGCAGAGCUAUGCACUACUACUCCAUCCUAUACUGGCCGCACGGGGGAUCUCACUGGAUGAUCCUCGACUCCUUUGAUCGAGGAGACGAAUCCCCGAGAAAUCGGCUGCUGACGCUGGAGGAAGUGGUUUCCUUGCAUGACCAGAACGGUGAAUUUUUCAGAUCCUGGCUGCUGCGCUGGUAUCCUGUUGUGGACAGGGCGGCGGCAAUUCAAGGCCUUCGAGAUGCGGUUCACGUCGGCCUUUCCCAGGUGGAGCUCGAAGAAGAGAGGGCACUCAGCGAAGCACGUGCGGAAGUGGAGUUGGAUGCCAGCCGAUGGAAUGUGGCUGAUGCUGCGGCGAGGCUGCUCCAAUAUCCGAGGCAGGUGACCCGCGAGCUGCAGGUUUUGCAGCUUGUCGUGUCUGAGCAGCAGGCCCGGGCUUCGCUGGAAGACUCAGAGUGGAACUUCACCCAAGCUGUGGAGCACCUCUCAAACCUGGUGCUGCAGCGUGUCAAGGAUGUCAAGGCAGAAUUUGUGGACCAGGAACAUGAGAGGCACGGGAAGGGCUCUUCGAUGCCCCUUGCACAUCGAAGUUUCCCGAGGCUUGCAGCAGAUGCCUAUGCUGCCUUGUCGUUGACUGACUGGGAUGUGCGGACUGCCGCCCAGCUGCUCUUGCUCAGAGAAAAAAGUAAAGUCUCCUUCAAAGCUGCGGCGACCGCCCUCACCGAGACCAACUCACUACAACAGGCAUUGCUGGUUUUGCAAUUGCUGGCUGAAGUGGACAUUGAAGAUGCUGAGAUCGAUGAGGUCUACGCAGCCAGCCUUCUUCGCUACGCCGAAGAUGUCAGCACAGCGAGGCAGCUUGCCCACGUGUGCCAUCAAUUUCCCAGUGUCCCCUUGGCAUUGUGUGCAGAGGCUCUGCGGAGGGGCGAAAGUCAGGCCGCUGCAUGCAUGAUGCUCCAAGACUUUCAGGACCAGGUGUGCAGAGUGGUCAGUGCACUUGCCCAGAGGGCCUCCAAUGGCCAAGGCGAGGCUUUGGGGCCGCAGGAGUGCUUGGACAUUGCCAGGCUGGCUUUGGAAGCAGCCGAAUGGAGCCCUGACAACGCCUUCAUUCUGGCGGAAAGCUACGCCCUCGGGGUGCUACAGGUGCGCAAAGAGCUAGGGCUUCUGCAGAAGAGCCAGGCCUUCGCUGUCCAACAGGAGAAGGAGGAGAGCAAGCUGGCCACAGCGCUUUCAGCGCUGGAUGCCGUGAACGAGUUGCAGACUUUGCCGCCAAGAACUUUGCUCGCCCACCUGCAGGACUGUGACAUGAAUCCUGCCAAAGCAGUGGCGCAGCUUUGGAGCCAGCAAACUGGCGAACAAGGCAUUCCGCGAAAGCCCGCCUUGCCGAAACCGCCUGGCCGUGGGGCAAGGUCUACCACACCGAACAAGAAGGGCCGGGACUCGAGAGACCGGGAGAAGCGCAAAGACUGCGUGACCAUGUGAGCGCGUCCUACACGCCUGUGACCUUUUACCGACAAAAAAGCACUCCAUGAAAUUGCGGCGCCAGUGGAACUUGCAUUUUGUGUUAGGAUAGUUGAGGGGGUCGGAUGUUGACUGGGGCUCAGAAAGAUUGCAAGUGCCGAGCAUUGCGGCCUCCAACAGCAAAGCCUGUCGGCCCCCUGACAGGUGCUGCAUCGUGCUGCU